AUGAGUGAAGAAAAGUGCGUCGAUAUUAUAUCGGAUUUGAAUAAACUUCUUCCGACUCCAGCUGAAUGUAACGCCGACAUCAUUCCGGAAAAUUUAAAUUCUUAUUUUUACGAGACUAGUCACUAUGCUCUAAAAAAUAAUCCUGACUAUCACGCUCUUCUCAGCUGCCUGUCACUACUGCAAAGUCAACGUUUGCAGGCCAGCAAAGAUCUCAAUAUGCUAAUUGAAAAGAAGAAAUUAGCUCUAGAAGACCCCAUUUCUUUUGUCACCAAAUUGCAAAAGAAAGACAAGAGUCUGAAAUUCCCAUUGCCAAUUGAAAUUGCAGACAUUCCAAAUAUUAACUGGAGUAAGUACACAAAUCGUGCCAGUAAAGUUUUUCAAAAUGUUGACAGUAGUGUCAUGAACUGCAGAAAUAAUUCAAAGAUGAAAUUGUCACUCUCAGACCUUGACGUCAAGCCAUCAUUAAUGGUUGAUGACAAAAGACAAUUGAAAGCAUCCAAGUCAUUAUCUCAAACAUUCAACAAACCAUGGUCAGCCGAGGAGCAGAGGUUGUUGGACGCUCUUCUGGUUAAGUAUCCCCCAGAAAGAUUUGAAUCUAGGAGGUGGUUUAAAAUUGCCGAAGAAUUAAAAACGAGAACACCGCAACAGGUUGCCAGUAGAGUGCAGAAGUAUUUUUUGAAGCUGGCAAGUCAGGGCUUGCCAAUUCCAGGCAGACAACCGACAUCUGCUUCUGGCCUCAAAAAGGUCUUCAUUUACUCAAUUGAUUUUUUAGAUUUUAAUGUACAUGAAGUCAGCACAAAAAUGUUUUUUUGGAUCUGUUAA